AUGAGCGUGGGCCCCACGGUUGGCAUGCCAGUUGUCAACUGGGCCAGGGACAUUGCGGUCUUCAUGUGCAAGCGGUUCAUGGGGGCUGGUUUCUGCAGGCACGCCGAGCAAGAAACGCCGCAUGUCCGUCCCAGCCGCAGCCCGGCUGGGGGCCCGCCCGACAACGAGAAACGCAUGGUCAAGAAUAUCGAGGGGCUGGAACGCCAGCUCGAGGCCGAGACGUCUACGCGCGCAGACGCAGCCGGGGGCUGCGGCAGCAUGAGAGUCGAGAGAUCGAAUGGGAACGAUGGCCAGGAUAUCAUCGCGAUCCAGACUAUCACGUUGGGCUCCAAGGCCGCUCAACUCUCCAACCCCGAUAUCGCUGACAUCUCCAAGGAGCUGCCUGAUGGCCUCAUGAAGCGGCGCGCGGAGCUGCCCGUUGGGGCGCAGGUCCUGCGGCUCAUGCGGGAGCGCGACAUGGUCGGCGUGGCCGUGGCCAAUCUUGAAUCGGAGCUGGAAGCCUUCAUCAAGCAGCACGGUGGCGGCGAGGAGCUUUCGGCGAACGUGGGCCGCGCGGUGCAGGCCGCGCAGCAGGAGGUCGCUGAGGCGCGCCGCGCGGCCUCCAGCGAGGCCUCGGAGCUGCCCUCGGAGCCUUCCAUGGAGGAGCUGCGGGCGCUCCUGCACAAGUCGGGCGCGCGGGUACCUGUUGAGGACGAUCAGGUCGGCGGUGAAGUCUACCCGGCCGGAGCUUCGCCGGUGGCGCUUAAGAGCGCCCGCGCUGCAGCACCCCCUGACGGCGCCAGCAACUGGGAAACUGAGUCCAGCAAUUGGGACGACGAGGCUUCCGCCGAGGUCAUAGCGUUCCAGGAGCACCACAGGAUGCAGGAUCGGCUCUGGGAGUUGCAGGACCAGUCCGAAAGCGGGGAAGGAACCACGGGCGGAGCGGGUAUGGUCACUGAGCCGUACAUCGCCGUGGCGGUGCCCAAGGGCCUGGCGUUCCACGUCGUGAAGUUCGGCGGGACAUGCGCGGCCCAUGUGUGCCGGGGAGUGCCUGGGGGCUUACAUGCGUUCCCUGGCUACUGUUUCACGAGCGAGGCGAUGGGCUCCGCCAGCCAGCGCCUGGUGGCGCAGCUCUGGCGCAGCGUCACCGCGGUGGCGACCCAUUGCAACGACUGGAUUGUAGCUGGCGGCUUCAACAUGGAGGCGAGUACGCUGGGGCUCGAAUGUGCGCGCGCGCUGCAGGACAUCAUCCUAGCGCUGGGCUCCACCGGACCGUGGCAUCUCAUGCAGCAUGCGAUACUGAAGGCCAGCGCUGACGCGUCUCUCCAGAAGGCGCGGGUCACCGUCCUGGCGGGGCUGGAGACUGAGCUCCUGGGCAGGCUUGCGCUGGUCGGUGACAGGCUUCGCGGCACAGUUGCCGGGCAGGACGCGGCGUUCACCAUCGCCGGGAAGGCCGACAACCUCGGGGCCAGGGUUCGGAAGGAGAGCCAGGCCAAGGGGGUGGAGUGGGCCCGCGACGCCGUCCUGCGCGAAGCUCGCGGCGCGCGCGGGGCCCUCAGGGUCAAAGCGCUGCAGGAGGUCCUCAAAGCCAGGCUGGGCGCCUCCCCCUCUGCCUCCGCGAGCGAUGCCAUGGAGGUCUGCAAGGAGAUCUGGAGGACCUAUGGGUUGGUGGCAGCUGCAUCUGCCCUCGGACGUGGUGUUGGGUGCGUCCUCGCCGCUUACCUUUGGGUCGCGGAUACCGCCACGAUGGACCUCAAAGGCUCCUCUAUGCCUCUGCACAGGGACGAGGCUGCCGCAGGCGCAGACUGCCCCGGCGCUGGCGCCGACCAGGGGAGGACCGCGCCAGCGCAGGAGCCCCCGGGCGGAGCCCGCGCCAGGGCGGAGGCGCAGCUCGGGCACGGGCGGCACGCGCUCGCGGUGGCUCCAGAGGCCCAGCCGCGCUUCGGCCAGCGCCUCCACGAGCCCCGCCAGUCCCCUGGCCCGCGGCCCGGCGCGCAGGCCGCGGCGGACGUGGCCGAGGGCUGCUCGGAGGGCGACGUGAUCGCCAAGUUCCACCAGCUCCCCUGGCGGUCAGGCACCCUCUCCAACCAGCAGUGGGCCUCCAGUCUGCGGAUGUACAAGCAGGCCCGCUCCCCCUCCCCGGGCCGCUCCGGCGAGUUCGGCGGCGAGCCGGGCAGCGCCCUCGCGGCCGUCCGCGCGCCGCGCUUCCGCUCGCCGCCGCCGGGCCCAUCGGCCUUCGGCGAUGCCCCGCCGGAGCUGCCGGGGAGGAAGCGGCCGCUUGCGCACGCGGAGGCCAAGGUGCCCUCGCACAUCGUGCGGAGCCCCAGCCCCCCGCGCCGCGGCCAGAAGCGGCCUCCGGGACACGACGACCUGCCCCUGCACGCGUCGGCCAGCAGCGAGCAGCCCCAGCCCCAGCCCUGGUGCCCGAGCGCCGACGGGCCGCCCGCCCACGGGCGUCGGGCAGCUGCCGAGCCGCAUCCGCACCGGCACCCGCCGAGGCAGGCGUCGCCCCAGCCGGCGCCGACGCAGCACGAGGCCGAGGCGCCCCAGCCAGAGGCGUCGCGCGAGGCGGAGCAGUGGCGGCUGGAGUUCGAGCGCCUGCGUCAGGCCUCCCACGACUCGGCCGAGCCAGAGUGCGCCUCGCAGCAGCAGUGGGAGACCUCGGAGCGCCAGGGCGUCGUGCGUUGCCCCGAAGACCUCACGGAUGCCACCGUGCGCGUCCUCUCGCCGGCCUUGAGCGCUGCGGAGGCCGAGGGGCUCCUGGAGGCGGCACGCGCGGCGGCCUUCGACCGGGGCCCGGACUCCGUCGACGGGAAGCCCACCUUCCAGGCCAACAUCCUGUCCAAGGGCCUCCCCGUCGACGCGGCCCUGGCGGCGAAGCUCCGCCCGAUCCUGGACCAGCGGCUGCUGCCCUACGCGCGGAACGCCGCCAACUGCAGCGGGUGUGUCGCCUGCACGGCGAUCGUCCGGCGGUACCUCGCCGGGGAGAGGCUGCGGCAUCCGCGGCACCACGACAGAGAGGCGUUCAUGACGAUGGUGGUGGCGCUCAGCCCGGCGAGCGCGUACACUGGCGGGCUCUACGUGCAGCCCGGGUACAGCGCCGAGGGGCGCGAAUUCGUCGCCCUGGAGGCGGGCGAGGCCGUCAUGCACGACUUCACCCUCAGGCACGGGGUGGAGGUGCUGAGCGGGGAGCGGUUCUCCCUGGCGGUCUGGCUCAAGCCGAGCGCGGAGUCGUGCUCGAGCGGGUCGUCGCCCUGGUACCUCGAGACCGCGGCCGCUGGCGACCCCCACGCCCAGUUCGUGCACGGCGAUCUGCUGUGGCGCCGGGCCCCAACGGAGGGCGUGCCCUGGCUGAGGAGCGCGGCAGAGCAGGGGCACGCCGUGGCGAUGCACCACCUGGCCAUCGCCUGUGAGGCCGGGCGGGGGACGCCGCAGGACCCCGCCGAGGCCGUCUUGUGGUACGCGCGCUCGGCGGAGAGGGGCUACGCUCCCGCCAUGGCGGCCGUGGCCGUGGCGCACGGGGUGGGGGUGGGCGGCCUCCCGCAGAACGCCACGGCGUACCUGGCGUGGACCCGCAGAGCGGCAGAGCACGGGGAGGAGGUGGCGAUGAAGAGGCUGGCAGACUCGCUGCUCGAGGGCGAGGGCGGCUCGGGCGCGGACGUGGCGGGUGCGGUCGAGUGGUACAGGAGGUCGGCGCAGCUCGGCCACGAGCCCGCCGCGGCAGCGCUGAAGGCGCUCGUGAGGCGGCGCGCCAGGCCCAGGUCGGCGAGCUCCGAGGCCGCGCGCCAGUCGCUGGCAGGGCGCUCCAGAAAAGGAAGGUUCGCAGAGGUCCAUCAGGACCCGGCGUGGCGCCUGGAAUAUGCGGGCACGUGCGACGACGGCGGACGGGGUGUGCCAGCGGACGAGAUCUCGAAUUGCCUCGGCGACUGCCCGAGCGCCGCCCACCUUCAUGAGGUCCGCGCGCAGUUCUCCUCGUCCCUGCCGUCCUGGCCGGCGUUGCCGCCGCCGCUCACCCGCGCACCCGUGGAGGACCGCGUGGCCGGGCGCCGCGUGCAGCCCCUCGGCGAGGCGCUCCGCGGCCCCAGGCCGGAGGCGGAGCCGCCCGGCAGCCCUGCGAGGGCCCAGGGGCCUCUGGCCGAGUUUACCAGCGUGGACGAAAUGCUGGCUGACGUCAAGCGCAACCGCGAGCUGAGGAGGCGGCAGGCAGCCUCCGCGCCCGACGCCGCCGCCGGCGGCCCCCUGACCGGGGCCUCCGCCGAGACGCUCGGCGGCGAGACGUCGGGCGGCGCGUGCGGCUCCGGGGCGACGCCGUGGCCCCUGUCGCAGCAGCUGCCGGCGCCCAGCAACAUCCGCCGCAUGCUGGCCGAGGCGAAGGUGAACCGGGCCUCGAGGAGGCGCACCCCCGCCACGCGGCGCAGCCCCCGAGGAACUCAGGGCCGUCUGCAGCGUCGGCCGCCCGGCGAGCCAAAGCCCGGAGAGGGCCCCGCCCGUCGAGGGGGUGUUCGGCGCGGACGGCGAGGAGCUGCUCCGCCUGCAGAGGAGGCUGGAGCUGGCUCUGCCGAGGACGCCGCGCGGCGCCUGCCCUGGCGACCUCGGGCCAGGCGGCGGAGGCUCCCUGCCGUCGCGCGCCCCGCGGCGCCCGGGCGAGGGCCCCGCCGCCGCCCGCGGCGACGAGGCGGCCGGGCCCAGCGGUGCGGCGGCCGGCUCGCCGCUCCCCGCGGCCGCCGGCCGGGAGAGGCACAGGGGCCUCGUGAGCGAGGCGCUGGACGACGGCUGCACCGCCCUGCUCCUGCUGAAGUCUGGCGGCAUGGCGGACGGCCAGCGGCGGCUGGGCGCGGCGGAGGAGGCCGGCGGUCACAGGGGGCGCGGGCAGAAGGCCAAGGACCCCGACAGCGCCACGCCGCACUCCAGGCGCGGCGCUUCCCCCCGCAGCGCGGACGGGGCCGGCAGCGAGCCCGACGCGGAGCUGCCGCCGAGAUCCCCGCAGGCGCGGGUCACGGCGUCCCCCUCCGGAGCCCCAGGCCGGCCCGCCCGCGGGCGGGACGGCGGCCGCGCGGACUUCCCCUGGGGCGGCGCGCCAGGCGCGGCGCCAGCCAGUGCUGGGUACCCCGAGCAGUCCAGCGAGCAGCCCAGCGCCUUGGGCGCCGGAGGGUGGCCGGGCGGCGAGUGGCGCGGGGGAGGGUGUGGCGCUGGCGCGCAGGGCGGCGCCGCGGGCGCUGGUGGAGGCGGCACGGGCGGCGCUGGAGGCGGCUGCAGAGGAGGCGGCGCCAGAGGCUCGUCGGACUCGGCGGGUGGUGGCGGCACCGGCGCUGGCGGUGGCGCUGGCGGUGGCGGCAGCACAGGCGGUGGCGCUGGAGGCGCUGGCGCCGUCGCGGGUGGCGGCGGCGCCACAGUCGGCGGCAGCGGAGGCGCCGUCGCGACUGGUGGCGGAGCGGAAGGCGUCGGCGCCGAAGGUGCGGUCGCCGUCGCUGGGGGUGGCGGUGCCGGAGGCGGCGGCGCUGGAGGCGGCGGCGCUGGAGGCGGCGGUGCCACAGGCGAUGGCGCCAGAGGCGCGGGCGCCGUCGUGAGUGGUGGCGUCAGCGGGAGCGGCGUCGCCGGAAGCGCGGGCGCCGUCGCCAGGGGCGGCAGCACUGCAGGCGGUGGCGCUGGAGGCGCGGGCGCGGGCGCGGGUGGUGGCGGUGCCAGAGGCGGCGGCAGCGGAGGCGCAGGCGCUGGCGUGGCUGGUGGCGGCUCGAGAGGCGGCGGGACGGGCGCGGAGGGCGGCCCCGCGGGAGCGGGUGGUGGCGGCACUGGAGGCGGCGGCGUUGGAGGCGCGGGCGCGGGCGCGGAUAG